UAACGCCACAUUUUCACGAUAAACACACCACAUUGGCACUGACGAUGAUCAUGGUCACGGUUAUAAUUUCUUCUUUAAAUUAUGUCGGUUACAUCUUUGAUCCAAUAAUAUAUCAAUAAUAUUAUGUGGUGUGUUAAUGACCUUGAACGUUCGAAAUAUACUAUCACUGUAAAAACGAAAUAACAGAAAAGUAUAUAUCUGCAGCGCGUAUGGCACGCAGUAUCGUACAGUUGUGAGCCGAUAAUGUCAAAGACGUUUUAGACAGGAGUUCGUAAAAAUGCAGUGGCCAUCCCUCACAUUUAUACUGACAAAAUUGUUCUUAGUCUACAUUAUUUACUCGAUUUAUAAUUUGUGUUUGUUGUUCAAAACACCGGUUUGCAAAGAAGGCAAACAAUGUCUGACGUCGUACCUAAGUAAGGGACAACAACUGCAGUUGCAGAUUUACAGUUCCAUCCAUAAGUAUCCUACCGAACAACUGCUCGAUUUUGUAUACGCUACCAAAGACUUCAAUUACACUCACGCGAGUAGUCGACAAUUAACCUUGAAUGUCCCAGAUAUAACAAAGAAUAAUGGAACGUUGUUUUUUCACAUCAUUGUUGCACCAACAUACCCAUAUAAAAAUUAUGGAAGAAGUAUCAUCAGUAUGCAGAGAGAUCCAUACGUAUCUUACAUUGUCAUUAAAAUGACAGAGUAUGCGUUCCCCGAAGCAGAAGCCUUUAAUCUAUUGGGCGAAAAGAGUUUGAAUCCCAAGGAGAAACAAAAUCAUGCAAAUCGAGUAACGCAUAUUAAAAGCUGUAUCACGCUUACAAUGAUGACCGACAAUGUGAAGCUACCUCUGUCUAACAUACCCACGGAACUUUCAAAUCACUUGAAACUUGUACAGGGCAAAAUAUUUUUACCUAUAAUCAAUUACGACUUUUUGCAAACCAAACAGCGAGAUUUGGUGAGACUCAUGCCACAAAAUGAUACAAUUAAUAUCACAUUCCAAUACUCUCCGAUCUCUAUUGGAAAGUUGAGAUUACUGUUGCACCUAGAAGCUGCCAUGAAGAAUUUGAAAGAACUUGGAUUUUCUGAUAAAGAUAUAGACGAGGCGAAAGGAAUCUUUGCGGACACUAAUGUAUACAUCUUAGGAGGGACUUUCUUUAUUGCAGCUAUUCACUUGUUAUUCGACUUCCUUGCUUUUAAAAACGACGUGAAUUAUUGGAAAAAUAAAAACAACCUCGUAGGACUCAGUAAAUGGACUGUCGUAUGGCGAUCAUUUAGUCAAACUAUUAUAUUUCUUUACCUGCUAGACGAAGGUUCAUCCUCGCUUGUUCUAGUUCCCACUGGAAUUGCAUCUGUGAUCGAGAUGUGGAAAUUGAAGAAAGUGUUUAAACUCAGAAUUAUAAAUAAUAAUAACCAUAAUAGAGCUGAAGUUAGAACAAGAAAAUUCGAUGCAGAGAGUAUGCGUUAUUUAAGUUAUUUGUUAUACCCUCUUGUUAUCGGUGGUGCAAUUUAUUCAUUAUUUUAUCAACCACAUAAAAGCUGGUAUUCAUGGAGUAUAAGUUCAUUAGUAAACGGAGUUUAUGCCUUUGGAUUUCUGUUUAUGCUUCCCCAACUUUUUGUGAAUUACAAGUUGAAGUCUGUGGCACACCUACCAUGGAGAACGUUCAUGUACAAAGCAUUCAAUACAUUUAUAGACGAUAUCUUCGCAUUUAUUAUCUCUACGCCAACCGCACAUAGGAUAGCAUGUUUCAGAGACGAUGCAGUAUUUCUUAUUUAUUUAUAUCAACGAUGGCUAUAUCCAGUAGAUAAAUCUCGUCCAGACAUUGACGAUAUUGGCGAGGAAUCAAUUUCACAUUCAAAUAAAAAGGCGAAUUAAAGUGAAUUUAUUCAAUUUUUAUCUUUUUGUUUUUCAAUCUUUUUAAAUAUUUUAUGGUAUAUAUGUCACUAUGACAUUGACUGAUGUUUCAUUAAUGAUCAAUCAUCAUUAAAUAAAAAUAUAUUGACGCCUAGAUAUUAUGGCUGUCAUAUUAUUUUAAAAGUAAUUAUAUGUAUAUAUUUACAUUUCUAAAAGCAACUGAUGCAUAAA